UAAUUUUUUUUUUAUAGAUUUUUUUAAAUUUUGGGUAUUUAAAUGAGAGUUCGUGAUUUGGUAUUGCGAGUGUCGGUUUCUGGGAAAUUGGUUUCUGGGUUUUGUUUGGUUCUGUAAGUGGUUUGUUGGGCAAGAGAGGAAUUUUGGGGAAAUUGGAGUAGUGAUGUUGGACUUUAGGGAGAGAGAACAGCUAGGGUUUUGGGGUUAGAAAAGGGGGGAUUGGGAAUUAGGGUUUUUGAUGGUGUUGGAGAUGGAAGAAAAUGGCGAGCUCGAAGAAGGCGAGGCUUGCUUUGACAACGCCAAUAUUGACCCUGACACUGAUCUCUCUUACAUUGAUGAGAGGAUCCAUAAUCUUCUGGGACAUUUCCAGAAAGACUUUGAGGGUGGAGUUUCUGCAGAUAAUUUGGGGGCUAAAUUUGGUGGGUAUGGCUCAUUUUUACCUACAUAUGAACGCUCCCUGACUGUUUGGUCUCAUCCAAAGUCACCACAGAAAAACCAGAGCAUAUCCAGAUCUCCUAACAAUUUAACUUUGGAGGGUGCCUCUCAGGUCUUGAAAGCUCCUUCAAAUGCAUCCCUGUGUAUGAGGCUCGGAACUUUUCCCAGCAGUGAUCGUCCAUUACAUAAUUCUAUAGCACCUUCUGUGGACAUUUCAGUGAAGAAAAGUUCACGCCUGCCUUCUGUCCAAGUUGCUGAAAAAUGUGCUUUGAAGGAUGAAACUCCAAAUAGAUCAGCCAACCAAACUGAUCAAAGACCAUUGAAGUUUCGAAUUAAGAUGAGUUCCGAUAACUUGGCGCAAAAGAAUGCAAUUUAUAGUGGUCUCGGCCUUGAUGACUCUCCAUCUUCAUCUUCGGGGAACAACUCCGAGGAAAGUGGGGGGAGGCCACCUGUACCUCGAGAGACUGUGGACGAGUUCCUCACUAACAUUAUAAAGGUUAUGACUUCCUUUCCAAUUCCUGGAGAUGUAACAAUAUCACCUCUUCAUGAUAGUUUGCUUUGCUUGACUAGGGAGGAAAAGUUUUUUAAAGCAAAUAAAGGGGAACAUUCAUUCAAGGGUGUUCAAGAUAACUCUGCUAUUUUAAAAAAUAAACCGAGUUCUAAGCAGAGGGAUGGAAAAGUGUCAAAGGAGAAGGCAAAAUCAUCAGGAAAAAGGAAAAGGCAUACUGAAAUGAAGCAUGGGAAUGGUACAUAUGUUGAGAAUGACAUUACUGUUCGUGAAAACAUGACAUCAGAUAAGGAAACCAUUGUAGGGAAGGAGUUUUUGUGUAAUGGCUCAAAAUGCACACCAAAAACCAACACAGAAUGUGAUGCUGGUGGUUCUGUGAAAGUGAUUGGUCGGGAGUUUGAAGUUCUUAAGGACGCCAAAAAUGAUGAGAGGAAAGAUAGAUUAUUUCCCUCUAAAUUACGGAAAGAGGAACCAUUUGAAUCUUUAUCUGGUCAGGACUGCAGGAAGAAUGAGAAACAAUCAUCUAUGGGUAGUUUUGUUGAAAAGAUUUCAGAACAGAGAUUUACGGAUUCCUUCAAGGAUGCUCCAAAUGAUCUGAGGGAUGACAGCAAGUGCAAGGGUAACAAGAUUUCUGUGAACUUAAAAGGAUACUCUGAUGUAUCAAAAUCAGAAGAAGGUCUAGAUCUGCAGAGGAAGAAUAUUGGUCCAAAGAAUACAUUAAAUGAACAUGAUGAAACAAAUUUUCCUCGUAAGAAAGAAAAGCAAUCCUUUGAAGGCAAGAAUAAGUCGAAGGGGACAAAGGAAAGUUUGGGGAUUGAGACAGGUGCGGUACCAAAUGAUAAAAAGAAUAUCAGGCACAGUGCUGGCCCUUGCAGUAGUAAAACGCAGAAGCUUAAGUCACAUAAUAGCAAGGCUGGAGAUAGUAAUUCCGAUUUGUUGUGUGGCAAAGAUCUAGAACUGACAGACAUGAGACUGGAUCUCGGGGAGAGACAUACAGCUGAUAAGCAAAAGCCUGCUAAGCUUGGUAAUGUUGAAGUAGAUAAGAAAUCAAUUUUGGAUAAUGCAAAGGAAACAGUAAGCGGUAAAAAGGUUGACGAGCGGGUAUCUUUAAAAGGUGUUCCAGGUGUACAUCCUCCUGUUAUGGGAAAUGGUAGCACUUCACAAGUGGAACCUGCUAUAGCUUCCACCGUGCUCAUUGAAGAAGAUUGGGUUUGUUGUGAUCGUUGUCAAACAUGGCGGCUACUACCCUUUGGCAUAAAGCCAGAGCAGCUUCCAGAGAAAUGGUUGUGUAGCAUGCAAAACUGGCUGCCUGGAAUGAGUCGCUGUGAUUUCAGUGAAGAGGAUACAACAAAAGCGCUACGUGCAUUAUACCAAGUACCAGUUUCAGAAAACCAGAAUAACCUACAAAAUCAUGUAAAUUCAGCAGAUUUCCAACGUCUUGACCAAACCAACCUUCACCCAACCUUCCAGGCUUUAUCUAAUCGAGGAAAGAAGAGACAUGGUUCGAAAGAGAUGUCAAACCUUGGUAACAGUGAUAGUCCUCAGAUCUUGAAUCCUACAACAAACCACCUGCAUGAACCUGUCAAAAGUAGAAGCUUAAAUGAUAUGAGCCAGUCUCCUUUAGAUUCAAACCAAAUGAAGAAAUCAGGUUCUCAACAUAUGAGCAAACCAUACAACUUGACCUUGGAAAAAGACAUUGCUAAGGUGAAAGAAAAGCAUGCUAAUGGAGGGAACUCUAAGGAAACAAGGAAUAAAAGCAAGAGCGAUGCUGAUCAAUAUGCAUGUGAAACUUCAACGAAACCUAAGACUGAAGGUAUGUACAAUGCCGUCAGACAUCAAGAUUCUAAUAUUGGUUUAGGGAAGGCGGGUCCGAGUUCAAGCACCAAGGCAAGGGUGAAAGGUUUAAGAAAUGGUGAAUAUUGUUUAUCUAAAGAAACCAAGUUCGGGGCAGAGGACGCUCAAAUUUCCAUAAAGAAAUCCGAAGACCAAGGUCGGGUCUCAUCUGGAAGUGAGAGGUCCAUGAAGAAAAGGAAAUUGAAGGAUUGGCAAGACAAUCAGACACAUAUUGAUACGUUUGAUAAUUCUGCAUACAAUGUCAAGGUACAUAAGGAGGUUAGUCGUGAAAGUGGAUUUAGGAAGGAAAAGAAGUGCAGAAUUUCUAAGGCUGAUGGAAAGGAGUCAAGUAGUAACAGUGGAAAUGAUAAGUUUGACAGAAAAGAUAGAGUGGCCCCAAUUAUUUUGUCAGGUGUUAAAAGUUAUCAAUUUGAUAGAAUGGGAAAAGAUGGAAUUGUUGUUAAGGACCAGAAACCAAGGAAACAUAGUAAAAAAGAUGCAUCUCAACAAGCUCUGGAUGGUGCAUACUCAUCAAAAAAGGAUUUGGGGUCUGGACAUGUUUCAAUGGCUGCCACUUCAAGCUCUUCAAAAGUUUCUGGUUCCCACAAAGUGAGAGGCAAAUUUGAAGAAGCAAAAGGCUCGCCAGUGGAAUCGGUUUCGUCAUCUCCUUUGAGAACGACCAAUUUGGACAAGUUUACACGAGCUGCGGGGGAUGUUCUCAGGAAAGAUGACGCUGUUAAUGGUGGUUUCCCAUCUGUGAGUAAUUCUAAAAAACCCUUGGCUGCGGAUGCUAAUGGUGAAACUAAUCGAUCUGGGACCUUGAGGAAGGAGAUUUCUACUAGAAAAUACCAAAAUGGUGAUGCUACUCAUGACUUCAGUGCAAAAGAUGAACCAUGUUUUGAAGUUGGGAGGAGCCAUUUGUUUAGUGGUAAUGUUGUUGAUCAGCAUGUUGCGGGACAGUACUAUGAUGAGCUUAGAGUGAAGAAGAAUGAUCAUGAGGAGGCUUUUUCUCAGCACAAAUCUUGUAAGGUGUCCACUUUGCAGUUUAAGGACAAAGACAAAAUUUUGACUUCUGAUUUAGAUAGAGGUAAGGGUAAAGUUGCUGAUCUGGUGAGUGACUACUCACAGAAGAACCAAAAAUAUGAUUCAAAGGUUGAACCCAAUCAUCUUGCACCUAGUCCUGGAACAGCCACUGAUGUUAAACACAGUUCUGUAAAAAAGUUGAGCAUUAAAACUGUCAAGGAGGAGAAGAAUAAUGGUAGAAAAGAUUACGCAGCACAAGGGUCAAACGACAAAGGGUUGGAAACCCAGCUAAAACGAAGAGACGAUGAUGGAUUAGAUGUGAAGUUAGCCAGAUAUACUACUAAUGGGAAAAUUGCUGAGGGCUAUCCUGAAACAACUGAAUCAAAAAGCAGUAAAUCUAAAACUUCCUCUCAUCCUGAAAUUGGAGUUAAGAGAGAAGUGCCGACCCUUGGUUGUCAACCUGUGCCAGGGUCUGAAGGAGCAGGCACAUUGCAUACGCCUCCAAUUGAUGCAUCCAUCAAUGAUAAGGGGCCAAAGAUGAAACAUGAUGGAAGUGCAAGCAACAAGAUUAGAGUUAGUCACAGCUCGAUUCAUCUCUCGCCUGACCGACAAGGAGCUAGGGAUGUUGAUGCUUCAAGUCCCGUGAGAAAGUCCUCUGACGUGACAGCUACUGGUACCCUCCAAGAAGCUAAAGAGCUUAGAGACUAUGCAGAUCGCCUUAAGAGCUCUGGGUUUGCCUUUGAAAGUAGUGAGGCUUAUUUCCAAGCUGCCUUAAAGUUUCUUCAUGGCGCUGUACUUCUAGAAGCUUGUGGUAGUGAGAAUGGAAGACAUGGAGAGAUGACUCAAAUGCAAAUAUACACAACCACAGCUAAACUUUGCGAACUCUGUGCCCAUGAAUAUGAAAGACGCCAAGAAAUGGCUGCAGCUGCCUUGGCCUAUAAAUGCAUGGAGAUUGCAUACAUGAGGGUCGUAUACUGUAAACAUUCCAGUACAAACAGAGAUCGGCAUGAGUUGCAAGCAACUUUGCAUAUCGUUCCUCAAGGUGAGUCUCCAUCUUCUUCUGCGUCAGAUGUUGAUAACUUAAACACCCAAGUGAUAGGGGAAAGGACUACAUUACCUAGAGGUGCUUCGCAUGUUGCUGGAAACCAUGUCAUCGCUUCUCGAAAUCGUACAAGUUUUGUUAGGCUGCUCGAUUUUACUCAGGAUGUAAAUUAUGCCAUGGAGGCCUCAAGAAUGUCCCAGAAUGCUUUCAUGGCUGCUAAUGCAACCCUGGAAGAGGCACAAAAUAAGGAUUGUAUUGCUUCUAUUAGAAGGGUUAUUGAUUUCAGCUUCCAAGAUAUAGAGGAACUCAUACGUUUGGUUCGACUUGCAAGGGAAUCUAUUAGUCGUUCUGGUUUUGGUGGUGCUAGAGACUAAGUCAACCCCUGUAUAUAUAGCAUGUUUUUUUUUUUAUUUUCUCCUAGUAAACGGGCAUUGGGAAAAGAAGGGGAAAGAGAUGCCUAUCUCUAGACCUGCCCUUGAAAAUCUGCUGUGGUGGGUCACCAACAGUUCGUUACCCCUCUGUACAUGUGUACAAAGUGAGAUUGAUUAGCAAAUUUUGUAAUGGUCUUUUUUUUUUUUUUGUUAAUGUUAAGUUUCUAUUGACGUGGAUAAGGGCAGAGAGCUUGCUCAGCCUUAAGUUUU